AAUCCUAGCACUAGUUUCACUCUUAGUUUAAUUCAACACAAAGAAUUCGGACUACAAGCAUACAAAAUUACCAUGUCGACCAGCUGCACAAUAAACAAGAAACCCGAUGAUGUUUUUCCACCAAACGCCAUGGACGCGGAAUUCGAAAACUUUUGGAAAACGGUUAGCUGUUUUGCGGCCAACAAUUUUCCCUUUGAAGACAGAUGCGAGUUUGUAAAGAAUGCGGAGGACUGCAUUUCGAAAACGAAUGUAGUUCCAUACAUGAGACUCUUGGCCUGCGAUCUGAGGUGCAUCAAUGACUUCGAGGAAAUGAUCUUCAUCAUCUUGUUCGUGGUGCUCUGCUUCCAGAUUCUAGUUUUGCUGAUCUACACAAUUAAUGUUUACUAUAGUCCUGCUCUGAAGGUGGUAUCUCGAUUUCUCCAUAUGAACGAGCAUUUGGCGGGAGUUACCCUGAUGGCCUUUGGAAACACUUGCGCCGACCUCUUCGCCAAUUUGGCCAGUGUUGGCCGACAUGUGCCUGUGUUGGCCAACAGCUUGUCGUCAGCCCUGUUUGUGAUAACGAUUUCCGGUGGCCUAAUAUGUUACAUUUCCCCCUUCAAGAUGAACUCCUACGAAACUGUCCGCGACAUUUUAUUUCUUAUCCUUGCGACCAUUUUAAUGGAUUACUUUGCUUGUACUACAAAACAUUCCCAACUGGGCGACGAAUUGAAAUUUCUCAUUGUGCUCAUGGUUUACAUUAGCUACAUCAUCAUCAACGUGACAGAUGUGUACUUAUUGCGAAGGGCAAGAGCCUCAACGCUUGCCAAAAUGCAAAAACUUCUGGAUAAGGAGCAAACACCUGAAAUCGCAUUAAAGCUCCAAGAUUUAGAGCGAAAGUUCGAAUACUAUUCACAGGACACGAGAGUGGAGAUCUUGGAAAAAAAGAGUAACGCCUCGGUGGCCAGGAUACGCUACACCACAAUGAGAAUGAUUCAAAAUCCCCGUGUUAGCGUAAACCGUCGCCACACCCGAAAUAUGAGACUGGAUUAUACGCAAUCGAAAAACUUUGGGAUUUUCCGAGAUUUUCUCCUUGCUCUCAGGCCCAUCAAGUGCCAGGCUUGGAAGCAGGCCGAACUUCUUAACAGGGUCUUACUGUUGAUAAGGGCUCCGGCCGUCGUCAUUUGUACCCUCUACAUUCCCCUGGUGGACUACGAAAUGGAGAAGCAUGGCUGGAAUAAGCUACUGAACGCCAUUAAUGUAAUAGUGAAUCCUGCCCUAUCAAUAUCGAUUUUCAUGGCUUUCAUACAUAGAGAAGGAAACACUCUGUGGUAUGUUUGCAUGCAGAACACCCUGACUUAUGGAGCUUACACCCUUGUAGUCACUGUGCCAUUUGCCGUGUUCAUUCUCUUCAACUCACGGACUGAUGUGCCACCAUCUUAUCACUGGGUGUUUACCAUAAUGAAUCUAAUGGGAUCGAUGAUCGUUAUCUUUCUCUGCGCCACGGAGAUCGAUACAGUACUGGAAGUGAUCGGAAACAUAUUGUCCAUCGAUGACAACUACAUGGGCGCCACUGUGAAGGCACUUACAGGGAAUCUGGGCACUCUUUUCGCGAACACCGCUGUGGCCAUGCAUGGCUAUCCAAAAAUGGCAUUUGCAUCCGUCAUUGGGGGAUCAUUUUUCACCAUCGUCGUAACUGGAAACACUGUGAUUUACGUGAGAAGUCUGGUGCGAGAUGACCACAGUAAACAGAUAGAAGAAUAUGGUCAAUUCGCCUUCAUAUUUCUGAACAUGGGACUCUUUACCAUUUUGCUCUGGUCCACAACGUUGGGUUUUUUCGCUCGCCGUUCUAUGGGCUUAUAUUCGAUUGGGCUUUACGCUGUCUACUUAUUGUAUGCCACUCUAGUUCAUGAGCAAAUCAUUCACUCGUUUACUAAGGACAGUCCGAUAAACGCUGCAAUUGGUGAUAUUUAGCUGGUAAAGUGUAAGCCAGGCUUCGAAAUUAUUAAAGAGCUUUAAAAUGUAGAAAUUGCUCAAA